CCUCGGACUGACCCAUCCAACCGGUCGUCCACAGAGCGUCUGCGCCCCAAUGUCGAAUCCCUCGCAGCGCCGAAAGCCCUCUGUGCCCAGGGAGCAGAACCCCUUCAUGAGCCCAAGCACCUAUCGGUCGUCCAUCCACAACGAUGACCUCGAAAACCUCCACACCGAGGAGGAGGCUCCCUUGGUGACCUCCGAGGCGACGCCCACCAGCGUCCGUCCACGCCAGCUAGGCACUAACAUGCUCGUCGCUCGUCUGGAGGCCUGGUGGAAGGCGCUUGGUCUGGAGGGCUGCAACGAACUGUCAAUCUUGGACUCGUUUUCCAAGGCGCAUGUCAUCGCCUGGCUUAUCGUGACGACGCUGACAUUGCUCACCGGCAUCCUGGGCUAUACUGCCGGCUGGCGCAACCGGUCGCUUGAAGCGGAUCAGCUCGAGUCAAGCCGUUGCAAAACCCCUGAAUGUGUCAUGGCUGCUGCUCGCAUCUUGGGUGCCUUGAACACCUCAGUCGAUCCCUGCCAGAACUUUUACGAGUACAGCUGUGGAGGAUGGAUUCGGACCCACCCCAUUCCCGACGACAAGAAGAGCAUCGGGACUUUCACAUUCCUGUAUGAAGAGUCUCAGGAGGACCUGAAGCAGAUCUUGUCGUCGCCGUAUCCGGGUCCGACUCAGAUCGACCCAGUAACUCGUAUCGACUACAAUAAUGCAACCUUCCAGAAAGUCUCGGCCAUGUACAACAGCUGCAUGAACACCACCCGCAUCGCUGAGCUGGACAAGACCCCUUUGGUUCAGCUGCUCCAGUAUGCGGCCUUGGCGUUUCCGAUCUCGGCUCCAGGCAGUCAGCAAUCCGAUCCACAAAGGCUCACAGCUGCAAUCACACAGACACAUCAGGGAGGUGUUGAUGCCCUCUUUGGAAUGACUGUCCAGAUUGACUCCAAGGACCCAAGCCGAUACGUCAUUGGACUUGCCCAGGAUGGCCUCACUCUGCCAUCCGUGGAGUACUACAGAGACCCAAAGUACAUUGACUUGUUUCAGUCAAGUUUGGCGCAGGGUCUUCCUUUGCUAUUCUCAGGCGUCAUCGAUGCUGGCUCAAACUGGAACCAAGUUGCUGCCGGCAUCGUGCAGUUCGAGACCCAACUAGCCCAAAUCUCUCUGCCUCCAGAUCAGUUGCAAAACCCAAGCGCACUCUACAACGUGUACACCGUUGCCGAGCUGUCCAGCUUGUCGCCAUCGAUUCAGUGGACAAGCUAUCUCCAGCAGAUGUUUUCAGCCGAGCAACCCGAAACUCUGAUCAACGAUUCACUGACUGUCAUCGUGGAGACCCCGACGUAUUUCAAGAAUCUCACACAAGUCCUGGCUGCCACGCCACCCGAAGCAGUCCAGAACUACAUUUUAUGGAAAUACGUCUCUACCUACAUCGGAAACAUGCCACCCUCCGUUCGAGAUUUGUUCAAGGACUUUUUCAUCUCGAUCGGUCUCCGCAGCCCAAAGGAUCCGCCCAGGUUCCAGAUGUGUAUGGGCACAGUGGACUAUAUGGUUGGAGAGGCCAUCGGCAAGUGGUACGUCGACAAGCGAUUCGAUGUAACGAGCAAGCAGCAGGUGCUCCAGAUGAUCGAUGGAAUCGUGCACCAGUUUGUCAAGCGACUGCCCAAAAUAGACUGGCUCGACGGACAAACCAGGGCCCAAGCCAUUGAAAAGGCCUACGCCCUGGUCAAGAAAAUUGGAUACCCUGAUUUCAUCCAGGACCCGCAGGCGCUCUACCAAAAGUACGCCAAUCUAUCGGCUACUCCCGAUGGCUGGCUCACCAACGUCCGUAACUUCCACGCUUGGGCUGUGGCGCAGAACAUGGCCAAGAUUCGCAAGCCCGUGGACCGAAGCGAGUGGGAGAUGACUCCUCAGAUGGUGAAUGCGUACUACAAUCCUCCUCUGAACGAGAUUGUAUUCCCUGCGGCUAUCCUCCAGAGUCCGUUCUACAGCCGACAGGCGCCACAAUACCUCAACUAUGGCGGAAUCGGCAUGAUUAUCGGCCACGAGCUGACGCACGCCUUUGAUAACUCUGGCCGCCAAUACGAUGCACAAGGCAGGCUGAGGGACUGGUGGACAAACAAGACAGCCCAGCGAUUCGAGGAGAAGACCCAGUGCUUUGUGGAUCAGUACAGCCGCUACACUGUUCGUGGGCCUGGGAACGAAACUGCCCAAGUUAACGGCAAGCUCACUCUCGGCGAGAAUCUGGCGGACAACGGCGGUGUUUACCAAGCCUUUGAAGCCUGGCAGACCGACUUGGAGUCCGUCGGAGGGCUGAGUCGCAACCAGUUGCUGCCUGGGAUGGAAAGCUGGACGAGAGAGCAGCUGUUUUUCAUCAACUUUGGCCAAGUCUGGUGCGGCAACAUCCAGCCGGCCAACGCGAUCAACGCUGCUCGCACGGAUCCUCAUGCUCCCGGGCGAUUCCGUGUCAAUGGCGUCGUCGCCAAUUCAGAAGAGUUCCAGACAGCAUUCGGCUGUCGAGCGACUCCGUCGUCGGCAACGCCAAAGCAGUGUGUGAUCUGGUAGACCAUCGCGACGGCAUCAACAAGUCAAUCGCAGUGGAAUCUCGAGCCUGGCAACAACCAGUCGAAGCUCCUUCCUUCUAUCUGGCUCGACUGUCGAGAAUCUCGCACCAGCUUUCCUCCUCUUCUCUUUCGUUUCCG